GAUGUCGGUAACGCGAGAAGAGUUCAGGCGCCACGUUGCAAGCUGACGCGCAAACUCGGCUCUUGGUGUGUCGGCUUGGGUCAGUCUGAGAACAUUCAAAAGUAAAAUCUACGUUAAAAUAUUUACCGACACUAUGCAGUUGUUACGGCUCUGCAACUGGGAGAGCUGCAUCGGUAUCAUCGUGUUUCCACUCGCACCGACAUGAACACGCCAUGAAAGCGUGGCUGUGUGUAAAUGUCUCGAGUGUUCAGGUCGUAAUGAAGACCAUGAAAAGAAGAUUAGCUGGAGCUGUUAUGGUAGACUGUCUGGGGACCGUCAUCAUGAGACUGUGGGGACCAGCGCUUGUUGUGUGUGAGCUGGCACUCUCUGGCUUUCUGUGGCCGCACACGUGAUUGACAUUGAUGGUCCAGUUUUGGGAAAGAAUGGAAGUGCCCGCACCUGAUAGAGACCAGAGAAGAAGAGCAUGGAGGCUCCUGCAGGACUCCCAAUCUAAGAUGCAAAUCCCAGAGGCUUAAUGGAAGAAUGGGGUUAAUUAAUCCCAGAGGACAUCUCAGAUUGAGGAAAGGGGCUCCUCAGCCCCCUAGAUCUUCCCCCCAUAAAGGUCAUACUUCACAAUAAGAGAACAACGCAUGUGUUGCCCCUCUGACGACUUCUCAUCCCUUCCCUCAAAACAUCUAAUUUGAUCUCUUCUUUCAAUCAGCAGAACCAUAUUGCCUGAGAACAAACCCCUGGAACACACUGGGACAUUAAGUGCUAAUACUAAAUGCUGUCCCUAGGCUCUGAAUCAUCCAUAGAUCUGUGACAAAGCGCCCUUGGAGGCGAUGGAGUCUGGUGCUAAAUGUCUGCCACUGGCUAAACAUCAUUUGUGUACUGACGCUAGAUGCUAAAGACUGUCUCUAGGCCUUGGCUGCGUGACUGUGGCCUGUGAUUUAUGGGUCAUCAUUUGGGUGACAUUUUCCUCUGGUCCAACAUUGUAGUCAGUUGGCAUUACAAUACUUCCCUUACACCUUCUCUGCGCUGUGGCAUGUUCGAGUAAAACUGUGCACGAGUGUGCGCAUGUGCCACAAACGCCAUUCUCAGCCUUUGUGCUGUUGCUGCAGGGUUAUUCUGUUGCAGAGGACGCGUACUUCUGUAGCUGAGUACUGCGACAAAGACCUUAAUACUAUGUGAUGUAAAGGGGUUUGUCUCUAUAGUCUAAUGACCCUAAUUCUUCUCAGAGCAAUAUAAGCGCAGUGAGAUAUCGAAAUGAUAAUUGAAACACCACACCAGAGGAAAUCAAGGAAAUAAAUAUCUCUAUUUUCUCUGCACUACAUCAUCUCCUUCCUCAUUGUAGGUUAUCGACAACACCCGCAAAUUCUAUCUCUCCUCCUUCCAGCUGAUAGGGUGGUGGAGUGGUUUUGGCUGCAGAAAGAGUGUCUCCCCUGGGCUGCAGCACAGCUCCUGUCCCCCUCUCUCCCUGCAGCUGGAGCUACCAGAGCCAGAUGCUACGUAGCUCCACCACCCUCUGUCCCCCCUUUCUCUCUUCCAGGAGGAUGGUGCCCAGAGAGGAGGAUGACAAACGCCUCUGCCUCCUCUUACUGACGGAUUUGGACGACCUGACUCCAGCCCCGCACUGUUCCAACCGCCAGCACAAGAUGUUGACUUAAUGGAAGGGGGUUGGCUGUGGAUGGGCCCAUAUGCGUUUGUAUUGGGAAAAUAUGGCAGGGCAGUGUGUCUGUGUAUCUCUGUGUAUCUGUGUAUUCAAUAGGAUUGUGGGUGUGUUUGUGUGUGCGUGUGUGUGUCUUUUUACCUAGCCCAGACUGCCUACAUCCAUCAUGCCAUGCUGCUCUGGCAGAGAGUGGGACUCAGACAGCUUCACUAACACACGGGAUAUCCCCUCCGUCUCCGCCGAAGACCACUGGAAACUAAUUUUUCCCUCUUCUAAACUUCCGGAAAGAGACUGAUCCUGGUCGGCUUUUUUUUUUCUUUCUGUGGUGUGGAGAACUAGGCUGUAGCCUAUAGUUUGCCAAGGACUUUGACAACAACGCAGGAUGCCCCAAAAAGGGAGACAUUAAGUAGUGAAAACGGCAGAUGAUUGACUAAAUUGUAAUAGAGUGGACAGUCAACUCUGUUUCCAGAAUACCACAACCAAGCCACGUGGGAGUCUGGCGUAGCCUCAAUGAUGCAGAACAGUCACAGUGGCGUAAACCAGCUUGGUGGUGUGUUUGUUAAUGGUAGACCGCUGCCGGAUUCCACCAGGCAGAAAAUAGUUGAACUUGCUCACAGUGGUGCUCGACCCUGCGACAUCUCCAGGAUACUGCAGACCCAUGAUGAAGUCCAAGUGCUGGACAGUGAAAAGGUAUCCAACGGCUGUGUGAGCAAGAUCCUGGGCAGAUAUUAUGAAACGGGCUCCAUAAGACCGAGAGCAAUAGGCGGCAGCAAGCCCAGGGUCGCCACUCCAGAGGUGGUCGCGAAAAUCGCGCAGUACAAGCGGGAGUGUCCGUCUAUCUUCGCGUGGGAGAUCCGUGACAGACUUCUGUCGGAGGGGAUCUGCACCAACGACAAUAUACCCAGUGUGUCAUCGAUAAACAGAGUCCUCCGCAACCUGGCUAGUGAAAAGCAACAGAUGGGCGCAGAUGGCAUGUAUGACAAGCUGAGAAUGCUCAACGGUCAGACAGGAACUUGGGGGACCCGGCCCGGCUGGUACCCCGGAACAUCAGUGCCAGGGCAGCCCAACCAAGAUGGUUGCCAACAACAAGAUGGUGCAGGAGAAAACACAAACUCCAUCAGCUCAAACGGCGAAGAUUCAGAGGAGACACAGAUGCGGCUGCAGCUAAAGAGAAAACUGCAGAGAAAUCGCACGUCCUUCACACAGGAGCAAAUUGAAGCACUGGAAAAAGAAUUUGAAAGAACUCAUUAUCCAGAUGUUUUCGCGCGUGAGAGACUAGCAGCGAAAAUCGACCUGCCCGAAGCAAGAAUACAAGUAUGGUUCUCAAACAGAAGAGCAAAGUGGAGGCGAGAGGAGAAGCUGCGGAACCAGCGCCGGCAGGCCAACAACUCCUCCAGUCACAUUCCCAUCAGCAGCAGCUUCAGCACCAGCGUCUACCAGGCCAUCCCACAGCCCACCACACCGGUGUCUUUCACCUCGGGGUCGAUGCUGGGUAGACCUGACUCAGCACUCACAAACACCUACAGUGCGCUGCCCCCCAUGCCCAGCUUCACCAUGGCAAACAAUCUACCUAUGCAACCCAGCCAGACCUCCUCUUAUUCCUGCAUGCUGCCUACCAGUCCGCCUGUGAACGGGCGGAGCUACGAAACAUACACGCCCCCUCAUAUGCAGGCACAUAUGAACAGCCAAUCAAUGUCCACUUCUGGUACCACCUCAACAGGACUCAUCUCUCCUGGAGUGUCUGUCCCUGUCCAAGUCCCAGGGAGCGAGCCUGACAUGUCUCAGUAUUGGUCAAGACUACAGUAGAGAGAAGAGCUACUUCACCCUGUAACCACCCACUCCACCAUCGCCCUCCGGCAGUGCUCCUCACACAUACACGGCACAGGAGAGUAGAGAAGGCGAGAGAGGGUUGCGAAGAGGCAAGGACAGGAGAAGAGGAGGAGGAGGAGGAGGAAAGAGAGAGACUCUGGGAGAGCUUUGGGACGUCUGGGCUUUGUUUUUCCAGUGGGACUGUGUGCUGUUCUGUAGCUCUAGGCACAUUCAAACGAGGACUUGGAAGAGGGAACAUGGAAAGACAGAAAAAAAAUGGACCUCUGUAAAGUGCCCGGUGUUAAAUUUUUAUGGAACAAAAACUUAUGUUUUUUUCUAUUUCCAACUUCAGUCAUUGUUUCCUUUUUUCUCUGGUGUGUUAGUAAAUGGCCAUUUGUAUGUUAAUAUGAAAAACCAAGAUCAAGUACUGAUAGAUGGACUGCUAGAAAACCAUGUUGGUCUUGCGUUUGUUUGAGAAAGGAGAACCUGAGAGAUUCUGCCAUGACUAUCUUUUAAUCUGCUUAUAUCGAGACUUUCUACCAGCCUUUGCAUGGUCUCUGGACGCUGUUGCAUAUCAUUAAAGACGAAAAGCUGGAGGGAAGACUCUUACUGUGUCAAAAAAAAAAACAAAAAAAAAAACAACAAAAACUAUUUAUUGGUCUUAUUUCUUACGAAUGGAUAUUAGCAGAGGAAGCUCAAACUCGAUCCACCCACUGAGGCUGUGGUCUCGACUCCCCCCCCCCCCCCUCAUGUUCAGAUGAGCUGACUGAGCCUGCGUUUGCUGGCUUAUUAGACACGGAUCACUAUCAACAGCUAAAAGCGUGCAAAGACAGUGCGACAUGCAACACAACUUGGACCUCUGCUUUGGUGGUUGGAUUGACUUCUAGAUUACCACGAAGAACAUUAAAUGUGGAAAACAGGUGUAAAACAAAACCUGUAGUCUGUAAAUGGUAGACUGCGUCUUCGAUAUAAUCCAGUUUGUUUAUGUCAAAAUGUAAAGUACUUGUCUUCCCUAGAAAUCUUCCAGAAAGAUUUCACCAAUAAAAGUUGAUUUCAUUUAUAACCCCGAGAAUAUUCUAUAAAUGUUCCAUGCAUCAUAAAAUACAUUUCUUUAGGGUCAGGUACAAUUUGUCUCUUAGGUAUAGUUGUAUUAUAGUGUCCUAUGGUCAAAAAAAAAAAUUUGUGCAACUAGAAAUAUUUAAUUCCUAUAAUUAUGAUUAAACAUUGCUUGACAGAGUUUUAAACUUAAGUGUUUGGCAGUUGUUUACAAGUACAUAUCAGAUUUAAUCAUUGUUGAUUGUAAAACAGACCAAAGCCUUUGUAUUUCAUCUAGUACACAAUGUUUUUUUUUUUUUUUUAAGAUAUUAGUCUUGUGUUGCAAAAUUUUUGUAAACACGUUCUGUUCAAUUACAUUGGCUUCGAGUUUGUAAGACUGCAGUCUAACCCCGCAGUCCUUAUUUAUAAUUGAAGACCAUGGGAGGGUUUUUCUAGCAUCAUCUGUCAUGCUCUUUUGAGUUUUGCAUUUUUAUUUCAGUGUGUAUGUAGAACAUGGACACAUACUGGGUUUACGUCUGAGCAAUGCUUCUGAGAUAAAAACGUCUACACGCUGUCUCUUAAAUAUUUCAAUUUAAUUUUAUUUAAAAUGGAGCUUUCUAAAUGUAUUUUGUGAA